AUGGCCACCCCUCCACCCCUAGAGGCCCAUUACGGUGCUCCCAAAGCGGAACACCUUCGACUUCCCGACGGUGUAUAUGUUCCCACUUUGGCAUUCUUCACAGAUUCAGAAGAAGUCGACACGAACACUCUCGAACACCAUCUCGUUAGACUCAUCAACGCAGGUGUGGCAGGCAUCGUCGUCCAUGGGUCGAACGGCGAAGCGGUGCACUUGACAAGAGAGGAACGCAGCUCGAUAAUACGCUGUGCCGCCGACACCAUUCAUCAAGAAGGCCAUGAUGUCAGGAUCCCGCUUAUUGCCGGGUGCGGGGCUCAGUCGACCCGCGAGACGCUCCAACUUUGCAAAGACGCUGCCAAGAGCGGUGCGUCUCACGCACUGAUGCUUCCUCCCAGCUACUACGGUUCCCUACUCGACAACGAAAAGAUCGUCCAACACUUCUACGACGUUGCAGACGAAUCGCCCAUCCCUUUACUAAUAUACAACUUUCCCGCGGCGGCAUCCGGACGGGAUCUCACCUCAGACGCCAUCGUGCAAAUUGCGCAGCACCCCAACGUCGUUGGCGUAAAGCUUACAUGUGGCAACACGGGCAAGCUCGCGCGCGUUGCGGAUGACGUGCCUGAAGGCUUCUUUGUGGCGGGCGGCAGCGCCGACUUCAUCCUGCAGGGCCAGGUCGUCGGCGGAAACGGCACCAUCUCCGGGCUGGCUAAUAUUGCGCCGAGGGCAUGCGUGCGAAUCAUGGAGCUUUUCAGCCAAGGCAAACUCGCCGAAGCGCGGAGGCUACAGGCGAUUGUGGCAAAGGGCGACUGGGUUGCAAUCAAGACAGGUUUCGUGGGCGUAAAGGCGGCGAUUGGGCACUUUGAGCAGUACGGCGGCGCACCGCGAAAGCCCUGCAUCAGACCCUCACCCCAGGAGCUGAAGGCCAUUGCAGAAGGGCUGAGCCAGCUGCAUCGGCUGGAGAGGGAGUUGGAAGAGGAAGCGGCUGGCGGUGGUGUACCCUGA